AUGUCUGAUGACGAUGAUUUCAUGCAAGACUCGGACCAGGAGGGAUACGACUUUGAAUACGAAGAGGACGACGACGAGGAGGGUGGUGAUGUCGAUAUCGAAAACAAAUAUUACAAUGCCAAGCAGAUGAAGAUAAACGAGCCAGAAGCCGCCAUCGAAGAGUUCCUAGGAGUCCCGGCGUUAGAGCAGGAGAAGGGCGAUUGGGGAUUUAAAGGUCUGAAGCAGGCAAUCAAGCUGGAGUUCAAGCUUGGGCUGUAUGACAAGGCUGUCGAACACUACAAGGAACUCCUCACCUAUGUCAGAAGCGCCGUCACCCGAAACUAUUCCGAGAAAUCCAUCAAUAAUAUCCUGGAUUACGUAGAGAAGGGUGCUGAGGACCUUGCGGCAGGACAAUGUUUGGAAGAAUUCUAUUCUCAAACCCUGAAGUCCUUUCAAAGUACCAACAACGAACGACUCUGGCUGAAGACCAACACCAAGUUGGCAAAGCUCUAUCUGGACCGAAAGGACUAUGCCACUGUUACGAAGAAGUUGCGGGAGCUACACAAGGCCUGCGAGCGGGAGGAUGGUACUGAUGAUCCGAGCAAGGGGACAUACUCGUUGGAGAUUUACGCUCUCGAGAUUCAAAUGUACGCCGAGACCAAGAACAACAAGCAACUGAAGAGACUGUACGAGCGAGCUCUGAAGGUCAAGUCCGCAGUACCGCAUCCGAAGAUCAUGGGCAUCAUUCGGGAAUGUGGUGGCAAGAUGCACAUGAGCGAGGAGAACUGGAAGGAUGCUCAGAGUGACUUCUUCGAGUCGUUCCGCAACUACGACGAGGCUGGAUCCCUGCAACGAAUCCAGGUCCUCAAGUACUUGGUGCUCACGACGAUGCUGAUGAAGUCCGAUAUCAACCCCUUCGAGUCCCAAGAGACGAAGCCCUACAAGAACGACUCGCGUAUCGCAGCUAUGACCGAGCUUGUGGACGCUUACCAACGAGAUGACAUCCACCAAUACGAGUCGGUUCUCAAGAGCAACAUGGACCUCCUCUCCGACCCCUUCAUCGCCGAGAACAUUGACGAAGUAACACGCAACAUGCGUACAAAGGCUGUUCAGAAGCUCAUUGCACCCUAUACACGCUUCAACAUCGCGUUCAUCGGCAAGGCGCUCAAGAUUCCCGUCUCCGAAGUUCAAGACAUUCUGGGCUUCCUGAUCGUCGAUAAGAAAGUCAAGGGCAAGAUCAACCAACAAGACGGCACCGUCGAAAUCGAAGAUAACAGCGACGCGGAACGCCUCCGUGCCCUCUCCGAAUGGACUUCCGCUGUCGACGCGCUUCACAAGACCCUCUUUUCUGACGGCGAAGGCUUUAAGACAUCGGAUAUCCCACAAAUCGGUGAUGAAUCGCUCAGCAGGAUCCCCAUGAAGGCGGGCUUUGUCCCCACGACCAGUGGUAUAAAGAGAGGCCGAGGCGGCAAGAAGAUGUCGGGAUUUGGUAGUGCACCUCCUCUUCCAGCCUUCACGGGCUCUUCUAGUGCCGAGUUUGCGAAUACCCUGUCGAACCUUCAACUGCUAUCCACCGGUACAUCACAUAGUUUUGGUGGCUUUACCCCCGCGGAGCUCGGGCCCCAACACGAUAAUUGA